AUGGGCUCCAGCGCCAGACCAGGGGCUGGCAUGCCAUCACUGGGCGGUCAAUCUCUGCCACCCGUCCACGCCAACCCUGGGUAUCCUCCGUACAAUACCUUCGGCCGUGAGCCGUUGCCGUCCGCCGAAUCCGUCAGCAGCACCCCCGGACCCUCCCACACGCAUCUGGGAGGGCCUUCCGGGGUAGGGUCACAGAAAAGGGCAUACCGUCAACGUCGAAAGGAUCCCAGUUGCGAUGCUUGCCGUGAGCGCAAGGUCAAGUGCGACGCAACGGAGACAACUAGCUGUUCCGAAUGCUCAAGCCGGAACGUGAAAUGCCAGUUCACCAAGGAGACCAACCGGCGAAUGUCUUCCAUCAAGCAGGUGCAAGACCUCGAAAAACAGAUGAGCCAGGUGAAGCAAGAGAACAGUACCCUGCGCCGGAAGCUGGAGCUUGAGGGCCGGGAUGGGUCAGUCGACAUGGAGAUGGAGGUAGACGAGGGCCCACUGCAGCUACCGCUCACUGGGGCCGAACCCAAGAAGAUUGACCGGCCUCAUCCGAUGCCUGAACUUGCCCGGGCAAGGGGCAACAUGCGCAACGUCUCCAAGGGUGUGUACAAGCUUCCAGCUUUGUACAGGCCGAUGGGCGGCAGCAGCUUUGAUCCCUCAAGACCUGAACUACCCAACCGCCACACUGCCGAGCAGCUACUGCACUCAUACUACCGCCUGGCGCAUCCCAUGUAUCCUAUACUGCACUGGCCGACUUUCCAGCUCGCAGUCGACGAACUCUACAGCGGGCAAUUUGCACAGGCACCGCCCAGCGUCCUGUCUCUCUUCUUUGCUGUGCUGGCAGUCGGCAGCCUCUUCACCACCGAAGCUCCGAGCAGCAGCGCCUUCUAUCGACCGGCCGACCUGCUCGAAACCUCUCGACGCCUCAUUGAUCCGUGGAACAACGAUUUCGACCUCGAUACCGCACGAACCAUGGCUCUCACCACCAUUUGCCUGAACGAGAUGAACCUCAAGUCAGCGGCAUGGGUGGCUCUGGGACAGGCCGUGCGCAUCGGCCAGGAUCUUGGCCUUUACGCUGAGGCAGGGUCGUGGCCGGUGAUGGAGGGCGAGAUGAGGCGGCGUGUGUGGUGGGUUAUCUACAUCCUCGAUCGAAUACUGGCUUCUGAGCUAGGGCACCCGACACUGAUCCGCGAUGAGGACUGCGACGUUGCGCUGCCCGCUGGUGUUGACGACCAGUUCAUCCAGGCCAAUGGGAUGCAGGUGCCCCCUGGAUCUCAGCCCCUCACCCAUUCUUUACUGGCAGUGAUACACGUGGUGAGGUGCUACUCCCCAUUGCUCCAGGCCUUGGCGGCGCGGAUGAUCUCGCACCAGCGAACUCAGUUGUUUGAGAGCCACUUCCGGCAGUGUCUGGAAUACUCUUUCCCGCAGCAAUGCCAUCCAAGAAGUCCUUUGCCCCUGGCCCCCCAUUUCCUAGGACCUCUGGCGCACUUGUUACACGCGAGGAUGCUCUUGAACCGGCACAACCUUAGCCCCCGCUGUCGCAUGGACACUCGGCUCAACGCCGUCGAAGGCUGCACCAUGGUGGCGUUGGACACGGUCGCCCUGAUCCAACGUUCCAGCGCCGCGCUCGACGAGGGCGCCACGGCCCUGCUGGCUACUCACAUCUUCAGGUGCACGCUCUUCUUGCUGCUGACGGGAUACUUUGAGCAAGCCAUGACGAGUAUACGCGCCCUCGCGAGCAUCAGCACUCGGCGCGACGUCGCUGUGCCUUGCGGACGCUACCUCUCUUUUUUCGUGUCCGUGCUUGGCUCGAAGCGAGUGGAACACGCCGAUUACAUUCGCAACAUGCGACCCCCGCCGAGUGCGAGGUCUAUCCAAGACCAGCAAGCUGUCCUUUUGCAAUCGCUGGCCUCGGAUGAGGAGUUGUUGUCCUAUGUCUCGGCGGAUUUGCAGGCCUGCAUCGAUCGCGCGUGGCUGUGGGCGGGCCUCGAGCAUGAAGUUGCGCCCGAGCAACGUCAGCCACCCCCGAACCCUUCGACCCCGAUUCCGAACAGCCUGUACAGCUCAGAAGCUCGGUCCGGCCUGACCGUGGAUGAAACACGAGAAUGGGGCGGCUGGGCCCGCCUCGAAAGCGCCGUGCGAACCCUCGCGACGGAAGGCACACUGGUCGUUGGACCGGCCAUGCCAGGCUCGACACCACCCACCGGUGCCUGGUCGAAACUGCCUCCGCCUCAGAUCAAGAGCGAGCCUCCGCAAGCAACGUCGGGCAUUGAUAUACCCCGUCUGUCCGACGCACCACGGUACGCCACCGACGCGGCACGCACGGCGAGGGAAGGCAGUGGUACGGGCAGCCCAGCGGGCGGCGACGGGCGGCGGAGCACGAACCGCCUGAGCAUUGCGAACAUAAUUUGA